CCCGGGUCAUCUUCCUCGAGUAUGAUUUUCCUUUCGAUUUUGGUGGCUUUGACCACGGCACAACUAGCAACAGGCCAACAAUAUCACACUGGAUUCAACUAUGGCAACACAUUCACAACUGGUGCUCCCAAAACGCAAGCAGAUUUCGCACAUGAGUUCAGGACUGCUGCCAGCUUAUCUGGAGCCCCACAAGUCUUUACAAGUGCUCGCUUGUACACCAACAUCCAAGCUGGCACAGCCAAUGAUCCCAUAUCUGCAAUCCCUGCAGCCAUCGAGACAAAAACGUCGCUGCUACUAGGCCUAUGGGCGUCGGCUGGUGCUGCAGCAUUUUCAAACGAGCUGGAGGCAUUGAGGAGAUCUAUCAGCACUUAUGGUGACCAACUCAAAGGAGUUGUAGUGGGAAUCUCUGUAGGCUCCGAGGACCUGUAUCGGAAUUCUCCGACUGGCCAAGCCAACAAUGAGAAUCCCGGUGCCGAUCCCGGAACUAUCGUCGAUUAUAUCGCACAGACUCGCGCCGUCAUCAAAGGCACUGUUCUUGACGGAGUUCCAAUUGGCCAUGUUGACACCUGGACGGAGUGGGUCAAUGUGGGCAGAAAUCAGGCCGUCAUCAACGCUGUUGACUGGCUCGGAUUUGAUGGGUAUCCUUAUUUCGAGACAACCGCCCCUCAAGGCAACUCCAUCGACAAGAACAAUGCGCUCUUCGACAGCUCACUCCAGCAGACAAGGAAUGUUGCCGCCGGCAAAGCCGUAUGGAUUACCGAGACUGGCUUCCCUGUCAGUGGAAAGACGAGCGGUAGUGCCGUACCUAGCAUCGAGAACGCCAGGACGUACUGGCAACAGGUCGGCUGCGCUACUGUUGGCAGCAUGAACGUAUAUUGGUACACUUUACAGGAUGCCGCCCCCAACACCCCGAAUCCGUCUUUUGGCAUCCUCGACUCAAGUGGAAAUCAGCUAUACGACCUCUCCUGUAACAAGGCGGCUGAUACAGCACGCUCUUCUGGCUUCUCGCCAAAGGCAGCUUCUCAAGAAGCUUCUGAUGCCGUGGAACUACCCUCCUCAAAUUCGGUCAGCGCCAUUUCACCGGGAGCCACUGGCCAACAGACAGACAUCUUCUCGAUCCAGACUCAGACGUCGGUAGCUGAUAUAAGUGGAGCUUCCCCAUCGAGUACCACCUCUGAUGGCGAUUCCUCCGUUCGAUUUACAAUCCAGACAGAGACCUCCAUUACCAGCUCCUCUACUCCUGGGCCAACAUCUACCAUCGUGUCUGGAGCGACCACAUCUUCUGUCUCGCCUAGCCGCGACCCCACCGCCACGCAGACACAGUCAGAGACGGGAAUACCCGGUCGUGGUGCUGCUGUCAACGCAGGUUCUUUUGCAGCUGCCUUUGCUGCCAUUCUAGGUGCCGUAUUCUAUAUAUGA